CUGACAAACAAGCCAACAGGAAUCCUCGAGCAGCCGGCGCGACUAUCAGGUGUCGGAGGCAGCCGGGGCACUAUAAAUGAGGGCCGUCGAGACUGAGCCCGGGCAGAUCAAAACAAACCUCACGACAAGAGCUGCACUAGUAGCACCCAGCAGCCGCGGUACCUUUUCAGCGCAACGAAAGGAUCCUUCUUUCCUUUUCGAGUCGAGCUCUCAGGGAUACAGAUUAACACUUCGAGCCCAGAAUGGACAUCCGCACUGGCCACAUGGUGAGGUCCUCCAGCCCCAUGGAGAGCCUGGAGAAGCAGCUGAGCUGCCCCAUCUGCCUGGAAAUGUUCACCAAGCCGGUGGUCAUCCUCCCCUGCCAGCACAACCUCUGCCGGAGCUGCGCCAGCGACCUCUACGACUCCCGCAACCCUUAUCACUUCUCCGGCGGCAUCUUCCGCUGCCCCACCUGCCGCUUCGAGGUGGUGCUGGACCGCCACGGCGUCCACGGUCUCCAGAGGAACCUGCUGGUGGAGAACAUCAUUGACAUCUACAAGCAGCAGCAGGAGGGCGGCGGGGGGUCCACCGAGGCCCCGCUCAAGGCUAAGGACACCAAGGAGGCCAUGUGCCAGGAGCACGAAGAGGAGAGGAUCAACAUCUACUGCAUCACCUGCCAGGUGCCCACCUGCUCCCUCUGCAAGAUCUUCGGCUCCCACAAGGACUGCGAGGUGCAGCCCCUACAGAACGUCUACCAGAACCAGAAGGUGGAGCUCAGCAACUCCAUCGAGAUGCUGAUGGCCGGCAACAGCUGCCUACAGGUCCUGCUGACCCAGAUGGAGGACAGCUGCAAGACGGUCCAGGAGAACAGCCAGCGGCAGAAGCAGGUCCUUGGUGAGAAGUUUGACCUACUCUAUGCUAUCCUGGAAGAGAGGAAGGGCCAGCUCCUGGAGAAGAUCAGCCAGGAGCAGGACGAGAAGGUGCGCUUCCUGCGCUCCCUGGUGCUGCAGCACACCGAGCAGCUGCAGGCCAGCACCAAGCUGAUGGACGAGGCCGUCCAGACCAUGGAGAAGAGUGGCGUGGCCGAGUUCCUCCUGUCGGCCAAGCAGCUCAUCAGCCAGACCAAGGAAGCGGCCAAGAACUCCCUCCUGCAGAGGCCCGAGCCCGGGUUCGAAAAGAUGGACCACUUCACGGUGGACACAGAGGACAUCGAAGCCAUCCUGGGAAAAAUGGACUUUGGGACGGACUCGGAUUACGAAGACGCAGACGAUGAGGAGGAGGAAGAGGAAGAAUAGAUUAGCCUACAGUUUUAAAAUAUGAACUUUAGUUUCUUGAAAGAGAAGGAAAUUUGAUUGAAACUGGUUGAGUGAACUGUGGAGGAGGAAGUAUAUAUUAGGAGUUGACAAAUGUUCUGUGGAGAGGUAUAGUUUUCUUAAAUCCAGAAAUAGUUCACGGUGCUGUGAAGUCAUAACUUAUCUCCACCAUAAGUGCAAUGUUUUUUUUGUUUUUUUCUACACAUACAAAAUGUACCAUUUUGUAUAUACUUUUCUAUUUUAUACUUUUGUAUUGUAAUGUCAGUUUUAUACUGAAUUAUUUAUUGAUGUCUUCUAGAUUCAUGUCUACACUUGAAGCUUGUCACAAUAUCUCCCUAGUUUAAAGUCUGGUUUAGAGUGUUCAAUAGCAUUGGAAUUGUUAGUUUUUCAGCAAGCCUAGAAUGUCUUGCCUGUUGAAUUGCUGAAUACUUGAAUAUGGAAUGCACUUGACUGAUGGUCAUAAUGAUUUAAAUAAAGUUUAAAUAAAACAAGUAAUGCA